AUGGCGACCUACACUGAUUUCUCGGACAUUCCUACAAACCUUGCUCGACCAAAAACUUCUGCGACUCUUACCGUCCGAGUUAUCAAAUCAUUUCGAUAUCGUACGGAACGUAGUUUGGUCCUCCAAGAUAUCAAUCUCGAAACCACAACUGUCGGUCAACUCAAAGAUAUUUCUCGUCAAGUCAUUCAAACGCAGCCUGGAUGGAAGCCGUAUCGGAAUGUUCAACUGGAUACUUUGAAGCUUUACACACAAGCUCACGGGGCCAAGACUACAAACCUUAUCAUAAAUCUUGACCAUGAUGAGUGGAUUCUGGCUGACGACAGCACACUUGCCGAUGCUGGAUUUGAAAACGAAACGGAAGUCAGUUUCUUCAAUCGUGACCUCUACGAACAAUUUAAACAGGACCCCGAGACAACGUGGUAG